UGCUCUCUGCAACCCACUGUCUCAUCACCAUAGCAACCCCUUGGACUACAAACAAACAACUGCAAACAGUUGUCAGGGAUACUAAUAAGAAAAGUCAUGCUGUCGUUGUAUCAAUUUUUUUUGAGGUUUUUUGCUGUUGAGUUAGGUUGUGACUUUUGUUGAAAGAGUUGAAAGAAAUUGAUUUAGAGGAAAAUGAGUGGAGAUUUUGUCAUCAACGAUUCAGGUCUGAGAAGAGACAUGUCAAUAAUCAGGCGAUUGGAACAGCAGCACGCUAGGUUGGAGGAAAAGGCCAACAAAAUGAGAAAUGAACGGAGGACGUUCAAGGCUCAUCCCAAAAGAUUAUCGUCCGAUUCGGAGAGUACUCUAUCAGUAAUAAUUACCCCACGAUUAGUACCAACCGGUUCUUCAAGUGCUUCGAGGGUUGACACCAACAAACCGUCAGUUUAUCAGGAAAGAAAGCAAAAGGCCCAGAGCAUUCGCCAAAAGUUGCACGAAAGUUUGUGCAUCCUUGACAAGAGCCCACUUCAAACGUCACCGGUGUCUGUCAGGAAUAAUUUUGACGUAUCCAAGGAAAUCAUCAACGAGAGAUUCAGAACUCUGCCGGUAGGCGGAUACUACGACACGAGCAGCGGUGAAUCGCUGGACUUUGAAGACUACAACAAACCUGGGAACAACAACAAAGAGAAAAAUAACAAAGAUUCGAGAAAGCCCGGACCAAAGAUUCAGAAUUUCUAUAGCAAAAGUUUGACGUUGUUGGAGUUUGAGAAGAAAUGUAAACUGGUGUUGGAGAAGAAUAUACAGUUUUUGACUGAAAUUAGAACUACACUGGCUAAAGGUAUAACUCCACCUGACGGGGAAGAGGACGAACAAAGGAGAAACGUAAGAAUUAAGGAAUUUUCCAACAGAUUUUCUAGAAAUUAUCUAUAUCCGCUAUCGAGACAGGUAAAAGAACUGUCCCCGCCUGCACUCAAUGAAAUGCUGGCCAAGCAAAAAAUUCUAACUUCCUACCAAAUCGUCCUCAACGGUUUGCAAGCUUACCAGAGCCAUCUAACCACUUCCGGCGGUGAAACCAGCUACAAUCAACUGAAAAUAUUGAUGGACAGCAUUGUUGAACUGUGCGAAGUUCACAGGACAUUGAUUAAAGAUGGCGAUGUGGACUAUGUAAUGGAAUUUGUUGAUAGCUUGAAAAUUAAUGCGGAAAUGGCGAUCCAAAAUGUGGACGAUUUGGGCACUAAGAGAGCUUGUUCGGUGACUGACAGCGUUUUGAAGUCCGAAGUGUCAAACGCCAGUCUGAACAAAUACGCGGGCAAUCAGAAUAAAAAGCCAGGGUCAAAGAAGGACGUGAAAAAUGUCAGAAAAAAUCCGUCAGGUGGAGACAAUAGAUAUUCGAUGUACACUGCUACAGCGUCGUUCAGAAGAGACGCGUAUUUUAGGAAAACUGUGGAGAAUUUAGCCAAAAAGAAAUUUAACGUGAAAUCGAAGUACAAAACUGCCACCUACAAGCACAGGCCUCCUCUACAAAAAGAGCCUGAUAUUCUCACCUUUCCCCGGCUGAAACUUUUGGGGGCUAAAAAGUCGGGAGUUUUGAAGAGUACCCGUCUCAACUCGCCCUUAAAUGAGGAUGCUAUCGAGACCAUGGUGGAAAAUGAUGAUGGGGAACCGGAUAGUGCAGGAAACAAGGAUAAAGAGGAGAAAAAUCAGCUUCAGAAUCCUAAAGAGGAAAUACUGAUCAAACUUCUUCAGUACACCUUGAAGCAACAUAAAGACGAACAUACCGACAAUGAUACUCAAUUAGCUGAACUAUUCAAACUGGUUCAGAAAGAACCGAAUAUUGAUUUUAUCAAGACGAUCUUGGACAACGUUUCUGGUGACGACCAAGGCAAGAACCACGAAAAUAAACAGAAUUUGACUUUGGAAAUAGUGAAAAGUCAGGGCAAUUUUUCGUCGGAUGGUGGCAGAAGUUCCAGAGAAAAAAGUAGCAGGAGAGAACCCAGGAUUACUGUAUCGGGCGAAAAAAAUGCCAGACUAAUAUGCAUUACCGAUGACAAUUCAGUAGUGGAAGAUGACGCAGAUGACAAUCAAGACACCUCUGAAAAAGUAUGUCAAACUGACAAUAUUCCACCUGCUAAAAUCAUUAUCAGAACUUGUUCGGAAACCCAAACGGAUCUAAACAAUUCAAAUCAAAAGGUUGCCAAAGGAACACAGAAAAGCAAGAACGCAACAUUUGUUAAGAUAAGUCGACUGAAGAAAUCCAACAGAAAAUUGGAGUGCCUAGACAAAAAGAAGGCAGUCCAGGCCAUACAGUACAAGUUAGACUUUUACAGGCACUGCAAGAACAACCCUUUGUACAAGAGAUCCACCACGUGUCAACCCUGGCUUCUAAUGAACAAGAUUUCAGAGGAGAUUUUGAACGACUGUCUUUUGGCAGUGGCCAGAGAGAUUGAGGUUAACGAUAUAGUGGAAAAAGUAUACCAGUCUGAACUUCAGAUGUAAUAGAAUAUUUUAUAAAAGUUUUAUUUAAAUAAACUAUUUUUGUAUUUUUACGCCAUAAAUUUGCAUUUGUAUGUUUAUCUUUAGUUGGUCUCAUUUUAUUCUGGGAAAAGCAUGUUAUAGAUAAUUAUUAAAAAGUUAAUAUUUUACU